ACCAAGUUUGACCGUGUGCAAGUACAAGCACGCACCUGUCUGAGUAGAUCCAGCUCAACCGUUCCGCAGUUUCAAAGCAUGUUGCCGUGCAAUUUAGGGGGGCAGGCGACGCUCCUGCUGACAACAAUAAUAGCCACACUCAGCAUAGAAGACGGAUGGGCAUUCCUGCGAAACUUCGAAGUUCGCCAAAGCAGCGGCUCCAAAAUUCCGCUAUGGAAACAACGCGCGUGCGAGAAGCCUCAGAAUCUUAAAGCAAACGCCCACUAUUUGUGCGACGAGGAAGGAGACUUCACUUGUCUUCCCGGAUGGCAGGGCGACCUCUGCCAGGUGCCCAUGUGCCGGCGGGGCUGUGAUCCAAUGAAUGGGUACUGCCACCGGCCAGGCGAGUGCCGGUGCCGCAUCGGAUACAGUGGGGAGAUGUGCGAAACGUGCAUUCCGCUGCCCGGGUGCCAGCACGGUGACUGCACCAAGCCCUUUGAGUGCAUCUGCAAGCCCGGAUGGGCUGGACUCUUCUGCACAGAACCGACCUGUCGGAGUGGGUGUCACAGCACCCGAGGGUAUUGCGAGGCACCCGGAGAGUGCCGCUGUCGCAUCGGGUACGCGGGACGCACUUGCAGCGAGUGCGCCACCAUGCCAGGCUGCCAGCAAGGGACCUGCACCAAGCCGCUGGAAUGCCUCUGCCUGCCCGGAUAUACUGGCCUGCUCUGCCAGACGCCUCUGUGCGCCUCUGACUGCAGCACGCAGCACGGGUACUGCCGCAAGCCUGGCGAGUGUCGCUGCAAGGUGGGCUGGACGGGCAGCCAGUGCGACAAGUGCUUCCCCUACCCAGGAUGCGCGAACGGGGACUGCGAGGCGCCCUGGGAGUGCAACUGCCACUCCGGCUGGGGCGGCAUGCUGUGCGAUGAAAAGCUGAGCUACUGCACGGAUAACCCGGGGACGUGCGAAAACGAGGGCAAAUGCUUGUCGGUGAGCCGCGAGGGCGGCAGCUUUCGGUGUCUGUGUCGGCAGGGGUACCUCGGAAAGAACUGCGAGAUACGCGAUGACUUUUUGCUAACCUCUUUGGCGCCACAGCUUAUUACACCACCGCCACUAGAGCUUGGGCUGGAGCUGGACGAUGUGCGCAGUGUGGAUACUGACGUGAACGAAGGUGUGCCUGAUGCCUCAGGCAACACAGUGGGACAGGUGGAAAAGUUGCCAGCAGCUGUGCCCGCACCAACAACGCUGACACCAGGCACCGCACCGCCGAGCAUCGCCACGACAAGGACGACGGCAACAACGUCAACGAUGGCCACGUUUCCAGCAGCUGGUGCUGGCUCUGUCCCUGGCAGUCACAAUACGACUUAUAAAGCAUUAAGCGUUGCUGCUUCGCUCCCUGAUGGGGCGACAUCAAUGGGGCAUGCCGCCACGACACCAAAAGCGACAGCAGCAAAAGCAAUGGCUGGAGCGAAGGGUAAUGCAACAAGUUGGGCAGUUCCCUCUCUUGUGCCUGGCCCCACAGAAUCUUCCACAGACUUCGCUGGCCAUGUGCAGAAAAAGGAAACGUCGGCGCCAGCUGUACCAACGACACCAAAAGGCGUGACCACCACCUUCACCAGCAGGAAGGAUGGACCAGCGGCCGUCGAGGAUGACGACGAUGAUGAUGACGAGGAGGAUGCCGAGUACGAGGAGGAUGAUGAGGAAAACGAGGACGAGAAAGACGAAGAAGAAGUGGACGGCAGCGAUCAAUUCCUACCAAAUAAAUUCUAAUUAAUUUCCAAUAAUAA